UCUUGGCGAGGUUUUGUACAGUUUGCUCCGGGAGCUGUUUCUUCGCUUCCACCUUUUUCUCCCCCACACUUCGCGGCUUCUUCAUGCUUUUUCUUCUCACCAUUUCUGGCCAAAACUACAAACAAGACUUCGCAGAUCGAGCCUGCGUGCUGCCGAAGCAGGGCGCCGAGUCCAUGCGAACUGCCAUCUGAUCCGCUCUUAUCAAUGAAGCAGCCGAUCAUGGCGGAUGGCCCCCGGUGCAAGAGACGCAAACAAGCCAAUCCCAGGAGGAAAAACGUGGUGAACUAUGACAAUGUAGUGGACACGGGUUCUGAGACUGAUGAAGAGGACAAGCCUCAGAUUGCUGAGGAGGACGGGAUUGCCAACCCUCUGGACCAGGAGAGAAGUCCAGCUAGCGUGCCCAACCAUGAGUCCUCCCCACACGUGAGCCAAGCUCUGUUGCCACGAGAGGAAGAGGAAGAUGAGAUAAGAGAGGGUGGAGUGGAACAUAGCUGGCACAGCAGCGACAUUCUACAAGCCUCUGUGGAUGGUCCAGAAGAAAUGAAGGAAGACUAUGACACUAUGGGGCCGGAAGCCACGAUCCAGACCGCAGUUAACAAUGGUACAGUUAAGAAUGCAAAUUGCACAGCAGACUUUGAGGAAUACUUUGCCAAAAGAAAACUGGAGGAACGCGAUGGUCAUGCAGUCAGCAUCGAAGAGUACCUUCAUCGCAGCGACACAGCCAUCAUUUACCCAGAAGCCCCCGAGGAGCUGUCUCGCCUUGGCACGCCAGAGGCCAAUGGGCAGGAAGAAAAUGACCUGCCACCUGGAACUCCAGAUGCUUUUGCCCAACUGCUGACCUGCCCCUACUGCGACCGGGGCUACAAGCGCUUGACAUCACUGAAGGAGCACAUCAAGUACCGCCACGAGAAGAAUGAAGAGAACUUUUCCUGCCCUCUGUGUAGCUACACGUUUGCCUACCGCACCCAGCUCGAGCGGCAUAUGGUGACGCACAAGCCAGGGACAGAUCAGCACCAAAUGCUGACCCAAGGAGCAGGUAAUCGCAAGUUCAAAUGCACGGAGUGUGGCAAGGCCUUCAAAUAUAAACACCAUCUGAAGGAACACCUGCGAAUCCACAGUGGUGAAAAGCCGUACGAGUGCCCCAACUGCAAGAAACGUUUCUCCCAUUCUGGUUCCUACAGCUCACACAUCAGCAGCAAGAAAUGUAUUGGCUUAAUCUCUGUAAAUGGCCGAAUGAGAAACAAUAUCAAGACAGGUUCUUCCCCUAAUUCUGUUUCUUCUUCUCCUACUAAUUCGGCCAUUACCCAGUUAAGAAACAAAUUGGAGAAUGGAAAACCACUUAGUAUGUCUGAACAGACAGGCUUACUUAAAAUUAAAACAGAACCACUAGACUUCAAUGACUAUAAAGUUCUUAUGGCCACACACGGGUUUAGUGGCACUAGUCCUUUUAUGAAUGGUGCACUUGGAGCCACCAGCCCUUUAGGAGUUCAUCCGUCUGCUCAGAGUCCAAUGCAGCACUUAGGUGUAGGGAUGGAAGCCCCUUUACUUGGAUUUCCCACAAUGAAUAGUAACUUAAGCGAGGUACAGAAGGUUCUACAGAUUGUGGACAACACAGUUUCCAGACAAAAAAUGGACUGCAAGGCUGAAGAAAUCUCCAAGUUGAAAGGUUAUCACAUGAAGGAUCCAUGCUCUCAACCUGAGGAACAAGGAGUUACUUCUCCUAAUAUUCCACCCGUAGGUCUUCCAGUAGUAAGUCAUAAUGGUGCCACUAAAAGUAUUAUUGACUACACGUUAGAAAAAGUCAAUGAAGCCAAAGCUUGCCUCCAGAGCUUGACUACUGACUCAAGGAGACAGAUCAGUAAUAUAAAGAAAGAGAAGCUGCGUACUUUAAUAGAUUUGGUCACCGAUGACAAAAUGAUUGAGAACCACAACAUAUCCACUCCAUUCUCCUGCCAGUUCUGUAAAGAAAGUUUUCCUGGCCCCAUUCCUUUGCAUCAGCAUGAACGUUACCUUUGUAAGAUGAAUGAAGAGAUCAAGGCAGUCCUGCAACCCCAUGAAAACAUAGUCCCCAACAAAGCCGGAGUAUUUGUUGAUAAUAAAGCCCUCCUCUUGUCAUCUGUACUUUCUGAGAAAGGAAUGACAAGCCCCAUCAACCCAUACAAGGACCACAUGUCUGUACUUAAAGCAUAUUAUGCUAUGAACAUGGAGCCCAACUCUGAUGAACUGCUGAAAAUUUCCAUUGCUGUGGGCCUUCCUCAGGAAUUUGUGAAGGAAUGGUUUGAGCAACGAAAAGUCUACCAGUACUCAAAUUCCAGGUCACCAUCACUGGAAAGGAACUCCAAGCCGUUAGCUCCCAACAGUAACCCUCCCACAAAAGACUCUUUAUUACCCAGGUCUCCCGUAAAACCCAUGGACUCCAUAACGUCACCAUCUAUAGCAGAACUCCACAACAGUGUUACGAAUUGUGACCCUCCUCUCAGGCUAACAAAACCUUCCCAUU